CGCUGUUCCCACACUUUUCCAUCGCAGCAGCAGCAGCAGCAGCGGCGGCGGCAGGACACGGGCGACGCUUUCAUCCUCUGCAGCAUCACCCAACCACGAGGGGAAAUACUCAGCUAAACCUCGGCCUUUGACUCCGGUACUGGACCUAAACCAUGUCUUAUCAAGGAAAAAAGAACAUCCCGAAGAUCACUAGCGAGCGUCUGCUGAUCAAAGGAGGGAGGAUUGUGAACGAUGAUCAGUCUUUUCACGCUGACAUUUACAUGGAGGAUGGACUCAUCAAGCAGAUCGGAGACAACCUGAUCGUCCCCGGAGGAGUGAAGACCGUGGAGGCCAACGGGAAGAUGGUGAUCCCCGGGGGCAUCGACAUCCACACGCACCUCCAGAUGCCCUACCGCGGGACGACCACCGUGGACGACUUCGCUCAGGGGACCAGGGCCGCGCUGGCCGGAGGGACCACGAUGAUCGUGGACCAUGUGAUCCCAGAGCCGGGCUGCAGUCUGUCGGGGGCGUUCGAUCAGUGGAGGCAGUGGGCGGAUGAGAAGUCGUGCUGUGACUAUUCGCUCCACGUGGACAUAACGCACUGGAGCGACGGCGUGAGGGACGAGGUGGAGGCGCUCAUCAAGGACAAAGGCGUCAACUCAUUCCAAGUCUACAUGGCGUACAAGGACUACUACCAAAUGAGCAACAGCGAGCUGUACGAAGUCUUCACCUUUUUGGCCGAGAGAGGCGGCAUCGCUCAAGUCCACGCUGAAAACGGAGAGAUCAUCGCAGAGGAGCAGGCUCGUAUGCUGCAGAUGGGAAUAACUGGACCAGAGGGACACGUGCUGAGCCGACCAGAAGAGCUGGAGGCGGAGGCGGUGUUUCGGGCCGUGACCAUCGCGAGUCAAACCAACUGUCCGCUGUACGUCACCCGCGUCAUGAGCAAGAGCGCCGCCGACAUCAUCUCCCUGGCCCGCAAGAAGGGAAACGUGGUUUUCGGGGAGCCCAUCACGGCGAGUCUGGGCACCGACGGGACUCACUACUGGAGCAAGAACUGGGCCAAAGCUGCGUCUUUCGUGACGUCUCCUCCUCUGAGUCCUGAUCCCACCACCCCGGACUAUCUCAACACUCUGCUGUCCAGUGGAGACUUGAGCGUGACGGGCAGCGCUCACUGCACCUUCAGCGUGGCUCAGAAGGCCAUCGGGAAAGACGACUUCACUCAGAUCCCGGAAGGAGUCAACGGAGUGGAGGAACGUAUGGCCCUGAUCUGGGACAAGGCUGUGACGACAGGAAAGAUGGACGAGAACAUGUUUGUGGCCGUGACCAGCACCAACGCAGCGAAGAUCCUGAACCUGUAUCCCCGAAAAGGACGAAUCGCCGUGGGCUCCGACGCAGACCUGGUCAUCUGGGACACGGACGCUGUGCGCACCAUCACCGCCAAGACACACAACUCGGCUGCAGAGUACAACAUCUUCGAGGGCCUGGAGCUGCGCGGGGCCCCUCAGGUGGUCGUGUGUCAGGGGAAGAUCGUCCUGGAGGAUGGGACCCUCCACGCCUCCUCCGGGGUCGGGCGCUUCAUCCCCUGCUCCCCUUUCCCAGACUUCGCCUACAAACGCAUCAAGGCCAGGAAACAGCUGGCCGUCCUGAAGGCAGUGCCCAGGGGAAUGUACGACGGUCCCGUUUCGGAAUAUUCCCUGUCUCGCGGCGGGACUCCCUCCGCUUCGGCUCGCACCUCUCCGACCAAACAGCCCGUCAGAAACCUGCACCAGUCCGGCUUCACUCUGUCAGGCCCCCCCACACCAGACGACCUCCCCAUCAGGCCCGCCGGACGCCGUAUCACAGUGCCCCCCGGUGGCCGCUCCAACAUCACGUCUCUCAGUUAAACGCUCGGAGGAGAAGGAGGAACGUGGAGGGGGGUAGUUAGAGAUUUCGGGGGUUAUAAAAGUGAAUGAAUGGGAUGCAAAAUGACCACGCGUAGUUUCAAAGUAAAAGAAAAAAAAAAAACAAGCAGAACACUGAAUCCCCCAUGCCUUACCUGCCACUAUGCUCCGUAUCCAGAGAACACCACUUUUUCCAGGCAAUUUUAUCUUUUUUUUUUUCAGAUUAAGGUACUACAAAGUGUUUUAUCGUCAAAAUUUGCAGUGGGACAAACACAUUGAUGCUUUUUACUUAAUUAAAGCCACAGUAUGUAACGUUUUCCCCAAAAAAUAAACAACAAUUUACCAUUAACUUACUUAUUGUGCUGAAAUUUUGCAAAAAAACACGCACCUAUUCCAUUAAACGGGCUUGCAUCUCCACAAACCUGGCUCGUAUCUGACGUGUUUGGCCUUCUCCUGCUUGUUUCCAUGGAAAUAUUGCCCCCUUUGCCAUAAUCUUCCACAGUAUGGCUUAAAACGUGUCUGUCUCUAUCCGGAAUGUUCAGAGAAAGUGUGUUUUUUUUUUUUUUUUUAACUUACUAUUUCCAUGGAAACAAGCAGGUGACGCACCCCCCCCACUCCAAAAACGUACAUACUGUAGCUUUAAUAGUUAAUAACACGAGUUUAAAGCAGUUUCAGACGUGCCAGCGGAACUUUUACAGCUUUUCCAACUUGUGUCUACAGAGACUUUUUAUAAAAAGUCUCAAACAAUUUAACCGUUUGCAACAUUAACGAUCAGAAAAACGAUAAAUACGACUUUUUAUUGGUCAAGUUUUGUCAUUUUUUUGCUUCUAUUUCUACUUAAAUCGUAAAAAUUGAGGUUUUUGCUUUACUUUUCCUUUAUUAAACCGAGUCAAAGUGCAGAUAUUAUGCGGUACCCAAUUGCAAAUAAGACUUUUUUUUUAAAGAAACUGAAUUCCUUUGGCUCGAAAAAACGUUUUUAUUUUUAAUUUAUUGUCAAUGGAAAAAGUCUCCUGCGUUCUCAAAUGGACACGUCGUUUCCUGUCUGGCUUUUCGCAGCGUCGCCCCCUGUCUUCAGUCGCUUGCUCUUUCUCCGUCAUCUCCGGAAUGAACACUAUAGACUCCCACAUUAGUCGCGCACUACCUUUGGAUUAGCUCUAGAUGGCGUUGUACAUACAGUAUUUGUAAUGUAGAUUUGUGAAGACGGUUUUCGGGGUUUGGGACCAAGAAAGACGCCAGUGUCUAAAAAGCGAAGUGAAGUUCUGGUACGUAGAGCUGCAUGGACCAGUACUACAUGGUAAAAAGUCAAAUAUAGCUACGUUUUUGGUCAAUUUCACCGGACAAUUAAAAUAAUCUUCGUUAGAGCAAGACUUUUUGUACUUAAAGAGGGGAUAUUAUGCAAAAUCGUUGUUUUUUUUUAGCUUUCUCCCAUGUUAUAAAGCUGUUCCCUCAUCAAAAACAGGCUUAAAGAGGAUUUAGCGAGCUCCGUUUUAACCCUCCUUACAGUUAGCUAUAAGAGUCUGUACGAGGCUCCGCCCACAAGCCGACGUCGCCCACGCUCCCACACGACAAUUCUACAAAAAUAUCCCAAAACAUGAUACAAAACUGUACACAACUUGACAAACGUGAUGUGAUGUGACAGUCGUUUCAUUAGCGGGAUGCAGCUGAUUCUAAUGUGAUAGCGCUCUGAAGGGGGAGUGACUUAGCAUGAAAAAACGUGAAACUUAUAAAGUAGAGGUGUCAAAUUCGGUCACAGUUUUUUAAAUUUUGACCCUCUGUGAAUUAAGUUAAGCCAAACUAAACAUUUACUGAAAAAUUUCAACAACAUCUGCGUGUUUUUUCAGACGAGGUGGAUUAAAUUUGAGCGAAUCAGGGAGCAGAUGCUAAUGAUGCUAACGAGUCAACAGAAGCAGAGUGGGAUUCAUAGCAUUAGCAUUAGCAUUAGCAUUAGCGGUGCGUGGCGGUGCGCGGGCCAGCUCCAACAUAUAUUUGAUACGAUCUCGCGGCCCAAAUAUGUUUGUAGCGAGUGCCAACUUUUGCCCACGGGCCUGAGUGUGACAUGUCUAUUAUAAAGCAUGUUAAUGUUGUUUUCGGCGAAUAUAGUGUUUUCAAAUCAAUAAAAGGAAACACGGUGAGCUAAAUACGUUAUGUGUUAGCAAAUAAUACCCCACAGACGCAAAAUACCUUCUCUUUAAUACCCCAAAUAAGUAAAUACCCCCUUUAAUACCCCACAGACGCGAAAUACCUUCUCUUUAAUACCCAAAUAAGUAAAUACCCCCUCUUUAAUACCCCACAGACGCGAAAUACCUUCUCUUUAAUACCCCACAGACGCAAAAUACCUUCUCUUUAAUACCCAAAUAAGUAAAUACCCCCUCUUUAAUACCCCACAGACGCGAAAUACCUUCUCUUUAAUACCCCACAGACGCAAAAUACCUUCUCUUUAAUACCCCAAAUAAGUAAAUACCCCCUCUUUAAUACCCCACAGAUGCAAAAUACCUUCUCUUUAAUACCCCACAGAUGCAAAAUACCUUCUCUUUAAUACCCCACAGAUGCAAAGUACCUUCUCUUUAAUACCCCAAAUAAGUAAAUACCCCGUUUUUAAUACCCCACAGACGCAAAAUACCUUCUCUUUAAUACCCCACAGACGCAAAAUACCUUCUCUUUAAUACCCCACAGAUGCAAAAUACCUUCUCUUUAAUACCCCACAGACGCAAAAUACCUUCUCUUUAAUACCCCACAGACGCGAAAUACCUUCUCUUUAAUACCCCAAAUAAGUAAAUACCCCGUCUUUAAUACCCCACAGAUGCAAAAUACCCCCUCUUUAAGUAAAACAAUCUUAUUCCAUUCCGUCGAUAAUUUUACGUGUCAGAUCGUGUUUUUAAUCUGAGUAAUUUGACCUUGGCUGGAUUAAACUUUGUGCCGUGUAGCGACCGGUGACAUGAACUAUGAACAUACGACUUCUUUGCUUUUAGAUUUCCGGGCAUUUUACCCUCGUUGUGAUAAUGGAUAUUUAUUAUUGUGCAAGAAGAAAGUUUAAGGAAAAAAAAAAAAGUGCAGUCUGAAGUUGGCCAUUUCAUUCUCGUAUCGCUCCAUUAACGUCCGUCUUAAACCGUAACAUUGUGUGAGUUUUUACUACUAACCCGUAACUAUGAGCUUUGCAAAAUACUCGCGACACAUUACAACGUAAAGACCUGCGUACACAUAAACGACUUUAUACUUGCUUUGUUUUUCUCCGCUUUAUAAAUCUGGGUCUUAUUUAAGCCACAAAAAAUAUGAAAAGUCGAAUAGUGAACCAUAAAAAUUGUGAAAAACGUAACAAAAAAAAGUCUCGGUUGCCAGAUAUUGUCGCUUAAAUCUGCAUUAUGUUAUCACUUUUCCUUGAAUGUUCCACUGUAGGGCAUUUAAAUCCAUCCAAACAACCCGGCGGUGUCACUACGCUGAGGUACAGGUCAGAUCUACGGAGAGGCAAGCGCGCUCAUACAUCUGAACGCACGAUUUUUCAGUUUUUUUUGGAGAAACAUCUGAAAAAAAAACAUGAUAUUGUCGCUUAAAACUGCAUUAUUUUAUCACUUUUCCUUGAAUGUUCCACCGUAGGGCAUUUAAAUCCGUCCAAACAACCCGGCGGUGUCACUACGCUGAGGUACAGGUCAGAUCUACGGAGAGGCAAGCGCGCUCACAGAUCUGAACGCACGCUUUUCGAGUCUUUUUUUUGAGAAACAUCUUUAAAAAAACAGAUAGAUUGAUAGAUGGAUUUGAAUGCCAUUUUGCAGAACAUUCCAGGUAAAGGAAAAGCAUCGCCACGGAGACAGACAGCGCUCCAGAAAAGCUCCACAGUGCUGUUUUAAUGGCUAACUACGCAACUUUGGUUCACUAUCCAACUCUUCGAUGGAAAAAAACGCCAUAAAGUUACAUAUUUCUCUCAAUUUUGUCCAAAAAUCCACUGAAACUCCUGGUGAAGUGGCUCUGAAUGGUGCUCUUUUGUAAACUCUCUACAUUCUUUGUAAUUUUACGCUUAAAACCGAACGUCUGAUUGAGUCCCGACACACACGGAUGGUAUUGGAGAUAUUUAUGUUCAUUUAUGUGUUUUUUUAAAUGUUUCUUUUAUACAGAUGUUGUCAAACCCGGAGCCGACAGGUCAAAAUAAAGUGUUGUUGAAGUGUA